UAUACCUAUAUUAUUUCCACUUCGUGUGUCAUUUCAGAUUGUCCUUGGUCGUGGUAAGACCUAUUCACAACGUUAGUGUAGUGAUAUAUUUCAACAUAAAGUGCUGUUAACGGUAAUAACUAGUGAUUGUACGAAUUUCUUUAUACUUACAUUAAAAUCGUCACAGUUCAAAAUGCCGAUAUUUGAAAGAAAACUUCACAUCCCAUUCCUACAACUAUUUAUAAGUUGUAUAAUGUUCACUACUGUAAUAAUAUGUAUACAAGCGGAAGAUCGGUCUACCGAAAGUAAAAUACAUAGAGAACUUGGUUAUCGUUUACCAAAAGAUGUACAGCCUCGGCACUAUAAUAUCAAAAUAGAAUUUUCUAAAUUGCUGGACACCUUACGUGGCGAAUGCAAAAUUGAUAUUGUAAUUUUCAAACCAACAUCAAAUAUUAGGUUAUACAUUCCUGAACCGGAAAAAACCGAACAGUUAAUAAAAUAUGAUAUGAUAAAAUUGGGUAUUCAGAAUGAGGAAGCAGGUAAACCUAUAACUGUCGAACAUACUCUAGGAACUAUCGGAUACUCCGAGGAGGUGAACAUUCUAGACCUCUAUUUCAAUCACCAGAUAUCUCCUGGAAAUUACUCCCUGUCAAUCUCAUACGAGACAAAUAUUAGUAAAGGCAUAGAGGAAGGUUAUUUUAUUAAAAGUGUAUUUCCGCCUGGAGCAAGACGACAGAAUACAUUAUUGGCAACAAAUAUUCAGUCUAUUGAAGCUCGACAAUUGUUUCCGUGUUGGGAUGAGCCGGAAUUUAAAACAACAUUUCGAAUUAGAUUCAUACAUCCUCACGGAUAUAUGACUUGUCCAGAUGCGUGUAUCUCCACAACACAUACACACGAUGAUUAUACACAAAACUGGACCUCGACAACUUUUGCCACUGUUAAUGCAAUAUCUACUUACCAAAUGAUAUUUGUACUAACUGAUUUAAAGCUUCUACCUCUCACUUAUCCAGAUGUAUCAUGUCAUACAUGCAAUAUCGAACCAAAUGUGUUUAGUAUGAUAUCGAGUAGAUCUAGCAUAGGAAAAUAUAUGGAAUUUGCAGGAAAUGUGACUCUUAAGCUUCAAAACUCUACGUGGUACAGGAAACUUCCUAAAAGAGUCGCGUUUAUAAAUCAAUAUGCACUUCCUAUGGCUAUUCCAUUUGAUUUCAUCGGAACACAGAGGCUCAUCAUUUACAGAGAAUCACUUCUUUCUUAUAAUGAAGAAUCAGAUACCAGUGUCCAGAAAAGAGAAAUAGCAAGCACAGUAGCACGUGGAAUGGUACAUCAGAUGAUAGAUAAUGCAAUCUCACCGUCGUGGUGGUCUCACCUAUGGUUAAAUGAAGGGCUUGCCACUCUUCUUCACAUGGAAAUUCUAGAUGAGAUUUUUACGGAAUGGCGAUUUCGUGAUUUGUUCGUGGUUCAAGUUCGACAAGACUGUUUUCGCCUCGACACAAAUUUCAUGGAGCCUCUUUCAUAUGAAGUCCAGACAUCAUCCGAGAUUAAAUCCCUUUUCUCUUUUCCAAUUUAUGUCAAAAGUAAGAUGUCCACAUUCACCAAAAAUGAAAUUCUACAACAAAUUUCAAAUUCCCGUCAAAUAGAUUUGGGUGUACAAUACAUUUUGGCGAAAAAGAAUAUUAAUAUUAAGGAGGUGAGACCUGAUGAUUUGGCUCGAUUGAAGAAAGCUGUUGGAACACUUUUAGUAAAACAUUUACCAGCAUCUGUAAUUGUUAAGAAGACUCCUGAAGAAGGCUUGGCGUUUAUUUUAGACAAUUGUCUUUCUAAAAGUGUGUAUGCGAAUAUACGCCUAGCAUCAAAAUCUUCCGGAGCUAAUAUUUGGCCAUCAUAUAAUAAUGUUAGGGAUAUUAAAGCACAAUGUAGGCCAUCAAAGGAAGCAAUUACAAUUUGUGAAAAUGUAGCUGAAGUUUCUGUUCAGGCACUCUUAAAUCAUACUGUCAAACGAAUUGUUGACUUACAAACAGAAUUAAUACUUGCAACUUUGCAAAAAAGUGAUUGUACGGAAAUUGAGGCCGUCUUUAUUUGCUCCUGGGGAUUUGACGGAAGUACCGGUCAUUCCAUGUAUCAACAACGAUACCAAGAUGCAGAAGAUGCAAACGAUGAAAGUUUGUUUGCAACCACUCUGAUCCCACUGCAACUAUUAACAUCUACUGGUCUUAUAUUAUGGAAUAACCGAACGCCACAGUCUGCCAGAUAUUGUCGUCCGAUCAAGCUCCAGUUCGUUAAAGAAUCACGCGAUGUAAUUGUGGCGCAAAAGUUUUGUAUUGAACAACAAAUAGCAAAAUUGCAAGUAUUCGAGAUUAUGCUACAAAAUUUUAGUAUAAAAAUACAUUUUUCUCUAUUUUUAACUUUAAUCGAUAGCAAAGUCUUAAACACUCUCACGGAUACGAAAUCGAUUCAGACUUGCCCCAUUUGUCACGCAACUCCUAAGCAAUUCAACGAUCUUUCGAACAAAAUGAACGGAUUAUUUCUACCUGAUCCCAAUUCAUUGCAGUAUGGAAUUAGCUCGUUACAUGCAUGGAUUAGAUUUUUCGAAUGUUGUCUGCAUAUAUCGUAUAGAGUUACAAUAAAAAAAUGGCAAAUAAGAUCUGAUGAAGACAAACUUGAAUUUACUAAAAGAAAAAAACAUGUUCAAGAUCUUCUCUGGAAAAAGCUGAGUUUGAAAGUAGAUAUACCCAUAUCAGGCGGAAGUGGAACCAGUAAUAAUGGGAAUGUAGCUCGUCGAGUUUUCGAAGACGCUGAUCUUUUUGCUCACUGUCUCGGAUUAGAUAGUGAACUUAUUCGGAAGUUUAAGAUUAUUUUGUUUGCCCUAUCUUGUCAUCUGCCACUCGAUCCGAUCCGUUUUGACGACUUAUGUAGUUCUACUUCUGAGUUAUAUGUUGCUUCUUAUGCUUGGUACCCGAUGCCAUCUACUGUCCACAAAAUUUUGAUUCAUGGGGCUCAAAUCAUUUCUACAAGCAUAUUGCCCGUAGGAAUACUUGGUGAAGAAGCAUCAGAAGCCAGGAAUAAGAAUUAUAAAAGAUAUAGAGAGUGUCAUAGUAGGAAGCACAGUCGUCUGGCAAAUAUGGAAGAUAUGUUCUACAGAGUAAUGGAUACGUCAGAUCCAAUUAUAUCAAAUAUCAGCCUUAAUAAUCGUCUUAAAAAGCAAAAACGAUUACCUUUUUCGCAAGAUGUAAUACGUCUGUUUCUAAUACCUAAAAUAGACGAAACUAUCCAUCCUGAUAGUGAAGAAUUAGAAGAUUGCACUGGUUUUAAUGAAACUAUUUCCGUCUUAGACGAAGCGGUAUUAUCUACAGAAGAAUACUACUAUGAAUCUCUGACUCCUACUUAUUUAUGGGAUAUGAUGCAAAUUCACAUGUCAUGUGGACUACUGGACAUAUUCUUUCAUCCAGAAGUAUGUAACUAUACCAUAAAAGAUAUAAUGGAGAACUGGAUAACAACAAAUAAUUAUCCUAUUGUACACGUUCAUCGAAAUGCAAGCAAGCUGUUCAUAUUUCAAUCUGAAGAGGUAUUUUACAAUGAUAAUGAAGGCAAAGCGCUACCUGGUCACUGGUUACCUAUCACUUUCACUACAUGGGAAGAGUUAGAUUUCAAUAACACAGCCCCCCAUUAUUGGAUAACUCCAAAGAAUAGCAAUGGAAUAUCUGUCCAACUUACUGAUAAUAAUGGGUGGAUCAUACUAAACUUACAACAAACAGGAUACUACCGUGUAAAAUAUGAUAAAGAUAGCUUAAGUUUCAUUACAAACUAUCUAUGGAAUGAAAACUAUGAGAAGAUUCAUGUUCUUAAUCGAGCUCAACUCAUUGAUGACACAUAUUAUUUCUGGAUGAGAGGAAAAGUUCUAUACAGCCAGUUUGAGAAUCUCGCAAAGUAUUUAGGCCGAGACAGAGAUUACGUAGCAUGGUAUCCUAUGUUCCAAAUUUUUAUAGACCUAUCGUAUUUCUUACCAUUUGCAGACAGCUUAUUUAUAAAGCAAGAUAUGCGCUAUAUAUUGAAAAGGUUGCUCUACACAUUAUCAUACGACGAAAAAGUCGAUGAAGAUGAUCUCACUAAGUGGUUGCGCCAAGAAGCUGUAAAAUGGGCAUGUAUUUUUGGUGAUACAGAAUGUCAGCACAUUGCUACUGAUAGAUUGAAGGAACACCUAGAAGAUCCCACAAAUCGCAAGUAA